CAUCCCGGCUGCAGAAGUGAAGUGGUGGCCUUCUCCUUGUGGAAAUAGGAACUAUACUGAAGGCACGGUUUGGGGUGCCUGUAUGGACAUUUCUGUUUGGAGACAGAGUAUCCUAUUUGGGUGUAACAUCCUAUAAGAAUUUGACAAAGAUUGAUAUUAAUUUUAGUACAAACCACUGAAGAUGACACCAAAACAUGAAAAACAAGAAUUUGUAACUGUGUUGGUGCGAGACCCCAGGACACAGAAAGAAGACUCAUGGCAUUCUUACAUAGACUAUGAGAUAUUUAUUCAUACAAACAGUAUGUGCUUUACAAGGAAAACAUCCUGUGUUAGACGACGCUUUCGAGAAUUCGUUUGGCUUCGGCAGAGGCUUCAGAGCAAUGCAGUGCUUAUACAGUUACCUGAACUGCCAUCUAAAACUCCCUUUUUCAAUAUGAACAACCCCCAUCACGUGGACCAUCGCCGACAGGGUCUGCAAGAAUUCCUGGAAAAGAUCCUACAAGAUGCGUUGUUGCUUUCGGACAGCAGGCUUCACCUCUUCUUACAGACUCAGCUAAGCCCAGAAGAUAUAGAGGCUUGUGUAUCCGGACAGACCAAAUACUCUGUUGCUGAUGCAAUUCAUAAGUUUGCUUCUUUGAACAGACGUUUUCCUAUAGAAGAUGAAGAGAGAAAAAAUGGGAAAAACGACACAGACUCUGAUUCAGAGAGUUCAUUCUCUGGGCUCAGACCUGGUGAUGACAGCAUUUCAUGUGGAUGUAAACCAAGCCCAGCUUCUGAAGAAUCAUGAAAAAUCAUUCCUGUGUUGCUAUCUUAAGGACAGAACAAAACGAUUUGUGCUCUGUUUACUGGUUACGCAUACCAUGUAAACAUGGCUGGCUAGUAACCCGUACUUAAAAGACAUGCCGUCAGUACAACCGUAUGUUCUUACAAAAUUUUCAAACCUUGAUACUUUUUUGUUGUUGAUUUAUUAUGUAUGUUGAUUCAGGUCUACAUGCUGCCUAUUGCAUUUAGGUUUUUGUGACUAUUAACAUCUCAGUAUUGGGUAAGUCGUGCUCCACUGACAUAUGUGGUAAUUAAAGUAUUUCCCAAAGUGACUGCAUGUCUUGGAUCUGAAAAAUAAGGGUAGUUUAAUUCCUCAAUUUAAAAGUUGGUAUAUCCUAUCAAAUGUAUUCAGAGCAUCUUUUUGUAAUUACUGCAGAGAAGUUUCUUCUUUAGAAGUCAUUUGACAUUGCUGAUGAAAUUACAUACCCCACAAGGUAUUAACUUUUUAAAGUAGCUCAGCAACAUCAGCAAAAUGACAUUUGUACAAACUAUAUGCUGCUGACAAUUUGAGAUAUAUUUGUCUUCUUGUGCUCUUUCUGUAAUGUUUAUAGAAAGCUUGGGUUUAUCAUGCAUAAGAACUGAAGGCUGAAGCUCUUGAGCGUGGUUGUUUAGAAGUUAGAAAUAUUUAUUAAAAAGACAUCAUUUCUAGGUUUGCUGGAGAUUCUCAGUUCCCAGGGAAUUACAGAUACUCAUUCCCAGUGAAAAUCCUGGAUGAGAUCUGUUGAAACCAAUGGCUGAAUUUUGCAUUGACCUUACUGGGGCCAGGAUUUCAUUUUCUGCAUGUUUAACUUCAGGCAUCUGUAUUUGAAGAUGCUGGGAGAGAUGUUUUAGUUUAGCAGCUAGAAAUGGAAUGCAUCUCCCUCUCCAAGAUGAUGAUAAUUACGUAGCUAUAACAUGCUGUACGGACGUGAACCUCUUCACUCUUUGGGAGUAACAGAAGCUGCUGAUUUCACUGUGGCUGUAGUUAACACAUUGGAAUAUUGACUUUUUCACAAACAAAAGGCAGGCUUGAAUGCAACUUCAUAACCACCAACACUUAUUUUGAUUAAACGUCAGGUUUGUUCAUUGUUGUUAACAGCAGCUGCGUAGUGUCUUGUCUCAGAUUCUGUCAAAGGAAUAUGUUUCACUGUGGUGUUGUAUUUAUAUUUGACAUUUAACUGCUAUUAAGAAGAGCUUGGGGGUCUGAUCACGCUAGCCAAGCUCCCAUUAACUUCAGUCCUGUAGUUACUGGUCUUUUUUUUUUUUUUUUAGGAUUUCUGUGGAUGCUUUCAAAGAAGGAACAUUUAAAACCUGUGAAUUACAGAAACAAUAGAUUAUUAAAUGGGUAGCUGAUAAAGGUUAGCAUAGGCGUGCGUGGGCAUGCUUUUUUUUACAGCAUCCAGCUGGGAAUCUGUGUAAUUUUAGAAACAUGUUUUAGUAGCCUCAGGAUAACAUCACUUAGGUGACUGCUUUAAGUCACUGUAUUUUGUUGAUGGUAGCACUUUUUUAAGAUAAAUACCCAUGUUUCUUUUUACUCAGUCUUAUUGAAUUGCACAGAUGUAUCUGUUCACCCUCUCAGCUUGUGUGUGAGUUAACAGCAAAGCUAUUUUCCUGUAGAAGUGAUAACAUUUAAUUAAAGCAACAAGUUAUCAUUGAAAGUAGCUUAAAAAUAGCUGUUACUACCAGGCAGAGAUGUUUGAUUAUUUGACCUUUUUUUUUUUUUUUUUAAGAUGGCACAUAACAAGAAAACUUGUUUAGCAAAUUUAUUUAAAAGAUGGGAAAAAUAUAAAACCAAAAACUGGAAUAAUGUCUUAGAAAGAUAGUAAUGUUUUUAUUUAAUGCAGUGUUAGGGUAGUGGUUUGCAUCUGUUUUUGGUUUUUUUUUUUAAAAAAAAGAUUAAGUUAAACCAUUGAAGCACUUUACAAUUCUGGCCCACUAAUGCUCCUCAAUAUCUGAAAAAAGUUGCAAAAAUACAAAGUUUGAGAGUCUUUGUGGCUGCUUUUUAUUUUUUUAAUUCUAGGAGCUUAUCUGUGUGCCAGUGAGUGUUUUGCAAAUGAAGAUGUUUCUGAAAUAAAUAUUUGUUUUCUAAUAGUUCUGUUGUUCUUUAUUUUGUCACCCUGUUAAAAAUGCUGAGCCUAUUAUAGCAGAACUUUUUUCUUAGCUUUGACAGAAAUGUGUUUAAAUAUUUCUUUUGAAUGUUGUGUAGCUAGUGCUACUGGAAUUGUUCUUUUUAAAGGGGAAGGAAAAGUAUUCUAUAUUCCAGUGUGUCUUUUUGUAUCAGCCGUAUGUAACUGCAUAUAAAUGCUUAAAGACAUUUUGUUUCACUUUGGAGUAUUUAAAUGGAACUGUUGCAAAUUUAUAUGAAACAUUUAUUUGCAAUAUCUCUUGUGACUUGAAGGAUUUGGUUGUUUUUCAACACUAAUAUGUUCUGAUUCAGUUGAUUACUGAUAUUUUGAUUCUCAUUUUUUUUAGUUUUAAAUAAUGUUAAACAGGCUAAGAUCUAAUUUAGAAUAUCAUCUAAUUACUAUUGCUAAUUUAUAUACAAUUGCAAUAAUUCUGGGAUCAAAAAUCUUUGCUUUGUUUUUUGAUUAGAACCUUAUUCUCAUUUUUGUGAUGAUUUAUUAAAAGUUUUUAAGUAGAUA